CCGAUGACUCUUGAGGACCCUGAACGCAGCAUGUCAACAUUAGCUGAAAUGCUAACCUGAUGCUAAGCUGAUGCAACAGCUUCCUAGCUCCGGAGCUUCUUCAGAAACACGGAAUAAACAAGAUACUCAGGUAGAAGAUGAGUGACGUCACGGUGAAGAAGGAGGGCAGCGCCAUGGACCUCGCGGAGGUGGAGAGCAGGAUCAAAGCGCUGUGUCUGCAGUUUCCUCACGGCAUCACGGACGCGGUCAUUCAGAACGACAUGCCUCACCUGGAGCCGCAGCAGAGAGCGCUGGCCAUUAACAAGCUGCUCUCAGUGGGUCAGCUGGACCUGCUGAGGAACAGCUCGGGGCUCCUGUACAGGAUGAAGGACGGCCAGAGCGCCAGUAAGAUGAAGGGCUCAGAUAACCAGGAGAAGCUGGUGUACCAGGUGAUCGAGGACGCAGGAAACAAAGGGAUCUGGAGCAGAGACAUCCGGUUCAAGAGCAACCUCCCUCUGACCGAGGUCAACAAGAUCCUGAAGAACCUGGAGAGCAAGAAGCUCAUCAAGGCUGUGAAGUCUGUGGCUGCGUCGAAGAAGAAGGUGUACAUGCUGUACAACCUGCAGCCCGACCGCUCGGUGACGGGCGGCGCCUGGUACAGCGACCAGGACUUUGAGUCCGAGUUUGUGGAGGUCCUGAACCAGCAGUGCUUCAAGUUCCUGCAGAGCAAGGCGGAAGCAGCGAGGGACAGUAAACAGAGUCCGAUGGUUCAGAGGAACAGCUCCUUCGCCACGUCUCAUGAAGUCUGGAAGUACAUCUGUGAGCUCGGCAUCAGCAAGGUGGAUCUGUCGAUGGACGACAUCGAGACAAUCCUCAACACGCUGAUCUACGAUGGGAAGGUGGAGAUGACCGUCAUCGCCGCCAAGGAGGGAACGGUGGGCAGCGUGGACGGACAGAUGAAGCUCUACCGGGGGGUCAACGCUGUGCUGCUGCCCACUGGCCUCGUCAGGACGCCCUGCGGACUCUGCCCGGUGUUUGAUGACUGUCAGGAAGGUGGGGAGAUCUCCCCCUCAAACUGCAUCUACAUGACGGAGUGGUUAGACUUCUGACGCUCCGUCUCUGGGACGCUCCGUCUCUGGGACACUCGGUCUCUCUGACGCUCCGUCUCUCAGACGCUCCGUCUCUCAGACGCUCCGUCUCUGGGACGCUCCGUCUCUCUGACGCUCCAUCUCUGGGACGCUCCGUCUCUCUGAUGCUCCGUCUCUCUGACGCUCCGUCUCUGCGACGCUCCGUCUCUCUGACGCUCCGUCUCUGGGACGCUCCGUCUCUCAGACGCUCCGUCUCUCAGACGCUCCGUCUCUCUGACGCUCCGUCUCUCUGACGCUCCGUCUCUCUGACGCUCCGUCUCUCAGAUGCUCCGUCUCUCUGACGCUCCAUCUCUCAGACGCUCCGUCUCUCUGACGCUCCGUCUCUCAGACGCUCCGUCUCUCAGACGCUCCGUCUCUGGGACGCUCCGUCUCUCUGACGCUCCAUCUCUGGGACGCUCCGUCUCUCUGAUGCUCCGUCUCUCUGAUGCUCCGUCUCUCUGACGCUCCGUCUCUGCGACGCUCCGUCUCUCUGACGCUCCGUCUCUGGGACGCUCCGUCUCUCGGACGCUCCGUCUCUCAGACGCUCCGUCUCUCUGACGCUCCGUCUCUCAGACGCUCCGUCUCUCUGACGCUCCGUCUCUCUGACGCUCCAUCUCUCAGAUGCUCCGUCUCUCAGACGCUCCGUCUCUCUGACGCUCCGUCUCUCUGACGCUCCAUCUCUCAGAUGCUCCGUCUCUCUGACGCUCCGUCUCUCUGACGCUCCGUCUCUUUUCUCUGUGAGGAAAUCUUCCGUUUGUUCCAGUGAUCUGUGAUCCACAUUUAUUUUUUAUUUAUCACAAAGUUGAAUAAAGCUGUCAGUGUGA